AUGUGGCUUGACCGGUUUGCUGGACAGCAUCCACCUGGAAGCGCCCCCUUGCCGCCGAACAUUCAGAACCGGUCGCACUCGCCGCUUCCUCGCCGGACGUCCAGUGCGCGGGGACCUUAUGUCACGUCGCAGCAAAGACCGGGCAUUCUGUCAAGGGGCUCCUCCUUGUCCCUAGCCUCGAACGACUCUUCGUCCUCGCUCCUCGGCGCGUCGAAGCGGACCAACGGCUCGGCGUUGAAGCAGUCAACAAUCGUCGGCGACGCCCCGGAUCCAGAGGCGGUGCUGGCUAGGAUUUUGGGUCCCCUCCACGAUCCAGCGACAUCAGAAGAAGAUCAAACGCGGAGGAUCACCGAGGAUGAUUUGGACUUGGACUUUGACUUUGGCGGCCUCUCACUUCAUGAGCUCGCCGCUGCGGAUGUCGGCCGGGCGGCGGCAGACACCUACAGGCCACAGACCGUAGAAGACUACGAGCGAGACAAAGUCAAGUUUGAAGAGCUCCAUCAAUCCAUUCGAGCAUGUGACGACAUCCUGAGCUCUGUCGAGUCCAAUCUCACCAGCUUCCGCAACGACCUGGCCGCCGUGUCCGCCGAUAUCGAGAGUCUGCAAGCCCGGUCCAGCGCCCUGAAUGUCCGGUUAGAGAACAGAAAAGCCGUCGAGAAAGCAUUGGGGCCAAUCGUGGAGGAGCUGAGCGUAUCCCCCGUGGUUGUGUCCAAGAUAUCAGAGGGUCACAUUGACGAGGCAUGGGUCAAAAUCUUGGCCGAGGUGGAUAAAAGGUUGAUGGCUCAAAGGAAAAGCUCCCAGCAAACACUAAGCAAAGCGCUAGCUGACGUUGGGCCGUUGCUGGAGAAACUGGUCCUCAAGGCUGUCGAGCGGAUACGCGACUUCCUCGUCGCCCAGAUCAAGGCGCUAAGGUCGCCCAACAUCAACGCCCAAAUCAUCCAACAGCAAAAUUUUCUCAAGUUUAAGGAUCUGUUUGCUUUCCUUCAUCGACAUCAGCCCGUGCUCGCGGGCGAGAUCUGUCAGGCCUACCUAAACACCAUGCGCUGGUACUACGUGAACCAGUUCACCCGCUAUCAGAAAGCCUUGGAAAAGCUCAAGCUCCAUGUCCUGGACAAAAGCGAUGUGCUCGGCCACGAAGAUACCUCGAGAAAAACAACGGUCCUUUCGGGCUCCAAAAUCACCACAGCGCCACACGACGCCUUCAACCUAGGCAGGCGAAUAGAAGUCCUCAAGACCACCAACCAGCUCGCCAUAUCCUCCUACCUCGCCGAAGAAGACCGGUCGAGCCACUACCUCGAAGUCCCCUUCCGCAACUUCAACCUCGCCCUCAUUGACAACGCUACGGCCGAAUACUCCUUCCUGGCAGCCUUCUUCAGCCCUUCCCUCUCGUUCGCCACUAUCUCGCGGCACUUCAACUACAUCUUCGAGCCCACCUUCGCCGUGGGCCAGGCGCUCACCAGGCAGCUCGUGGCCGACACGUACGACGGCCUCGGCGUGCUGCUGUGCGUGCGGCUGAACCAGCAUCUGGCCUUUGAGCUGCAGCGUCGCCGCGUGCCCGCCGCCGACGGCUACAUCAACGGCACCGCCAUGGCGCUGUGGCCACGCCUGCAGAGCAUCAUGGACGCCCACACCGAGUCGGUCCGCGUGCUGGCCGCGGCCCUGCCUGCCCGCGCCCCGUCGGCUGCAUCGGCCAAGGCGGCCUCGGCCGCGCCACAUGUCGUCACGCAGCGGUUUGGCCAGCUGCUGCAUGGGAUUCUGGCGCUGAGCGCCGAGGUCGGCGGGGAUGAUGAGCCGGUUGUGGCUAGUCUGAGGAGGUUGCGGAACGAGGUCGAGACGUUCUUGGCGAAGGCCAGUCAGGCUUCGUUUGGGCCGGAUAAGAGGAAGCGUGAUCGGUUUCUGUAUAACAAUUAUAGCUUGAUUUUGACAAUUAUCAGCGAUGUGAGCGGGAAGCUGGCGUUGGAGGAGCAGGAGCAUUUUGAGGCGUUGAAGACUGGGUAUCAGGAGGCUGGGUAG